GAGGGAGCGAAGGCGUGAGCGGGCUCGCGGGGAGACUGGCUGCUUCCAGACCAGCUAACGCUCGAAAACAAGCGACAGCUGUGCUGUAGCUUAGCUAGCUGCUGUCCCCCUCAACCCCCAUCUUAAAGAAAAAAUACAAAAGAAAAAAAAAAAGAAGCACACGACUCGGGUCAAUUCUCUUAUUACAACUCUGAAUGUGUGCAGCUAAAACACUGCGCCUUUUGCACUGACUCGAGCCUUUUAUGCAACCCAUCCUGCUCGCCAGGCACGACGAUGUCCGACGCUAACACUACUUCUACAGACAACAACGGAGACUCGGGGCUAAACGGGUCCUGGGUGGAGUUGGAGAUGAACAGAAAUCACCAAGCCCAGUCAUUGUCAACAGUUGGCUCUGUUUCGGGCCUGCUGCCGCUCCCUCAGGUGGAGGAAGAGGAGGCCAUAGUGGGAGGCUUGGAGCAUGUCCCAUCCUCUUCUUCAAUCCACAACGGAGACAUGGAAAAGAUCCUGUUGGAUGCCCAGCAUGAAUCAAGCCGCAGCAACUCGUCCUGUGACAGCCCCCCACGACCCCACUCUCCCCAGGAUGAGGGUCAGAUCAUCUUUGACGCGGAAAGAAGAGACAGCCAGUCUGAAGAGGAUGUCUUGGACAAGGAGAAGGACAUGGACAUCUUAAUGAAGGACGCAGAUUGGGUUGCAGACUGGUCUAGUCGACCGGAAAACAUUCCCCCCAAGGAAUUUCAUUUUCGGCACCCCCGACGCUCAGUAACGCUCAGUAUGAGGAAGACUGGGGCCAUGAAGAAAGGAGGCAUCUUCUCUGCAGAGUUCCUCAAAGUCUUCAUCCCCUCGCUGCUGCUAUCACACAUCCUCGCUCUGGGGCUGGGGGUCUACAUUGGCAAGAGGCUGACCAUGCCACCCACCAGCUCUUUAUGAGCAUGAACAUGAAGAAAAGUGCCUCAGAAGUGGGCAAGCGUCAGAGGAAGUUUUUCUGUCGUGAGAAGAAUGCUUGUCUCUCCUCCCUGUCCUGCUUGCCCCUAUUACCCCUCCUAAACCCUGAGAUAUGACAUGUUCUCAGGAGAAGUGCAUCCUCUUCCUCCUCAGCCUCCCCUCCUUCCUGCCUCUUGGUUUUUUUUUUUCUUGAUCUACUGUUCUUACUGUCUGUUGAUACUCCCCCUACUCUCGACCUCCCCAAUAUCUUUCACUAAUUUGCAUAAACUUUUCAGAAAUGAAGGUCAUAUUUCCUUUUCCUCAUCAGUUGGAAUGUUUAUAAUGCAUGGGUUUCCAGGGAGGGUUGCAGCAUCAAACCAAACUCUUCUUCUACACAUGCUGUUUUAGUGCCCUUUUGACUAACUGACAAGGAAGGACUGUUAUAGAACUGACCAGAGAUUGUGCCACCUGCAGGUGUAGCCCAGUACUCGACCUUGGAAGCAAAUUCAGACUUGGCUACGCAGACUAAAAAUGUGACCAUGCCUUUUUCAGAGUAGCCAUUUUAUUUAGAUAUCUUUUUUUUUUUUUUUUUUAAUAAUUUAUUUUGUAAUGAUGGUGGUUUACUGAGAAGUUUUAAAUAAUGUGAAGGCGUUUCCACAGUGGCCAACCCAUACCACAAGCUCUCAUGAAAUUCACUGGAGGAGUCUGGCUCUGUCUGCCGUUAGAUUUAUGUGACAAUAUGCAGUUAUGUGCAUACGAUUGCAUAUUUUGCUCUGUGACAAGAACUGGAAUACAGGUUGUAGAUGGAAAGGCAGGCAGCGCGUCCCAUUCGGUGUGUACACUAACAGUAUUUUACAUACACCAAUAUGGCUGGGUAACAGUGGUGUAUGUUUCAGGAAAGGUUCAUCUGUCUGUCCAAACUGUGAGUGUCCGAGUUGUCCUUUCAGUGAGCCUCCUGGUUUCUGCGGAGCAUAACCGAUCAUUUCCUGCAUGGUUUUUUUUUUUUUUUUUUUUUUUUUUAACUCUAGACUGGGCUGGGCUUUACGCGAUAAUAGUUUCAAAUUAGUGCGCGCGUUGUGUUGUUCAAAGGUUUGAUGCCAAAAGGCCUAAAAGUGAGAUUUUGAUUUGAGAUUUAAAAAAAAAAAGUUAGAUAUUUGCUUUGAGAACAUUUUUGAGUGUUUAGAGGGUAUCUCAUGAAACAAGUUACUUUUAUACAUGGAAAUUUACUUCCAAAGAUUUUAGAGCCAUUAAGGAAAAUGAUAUAGCCAGCCGUGCUUCCUGACACUCCAACAGGUUUGCCAAAACAAAAAACGAGGAGAAUUAACUUGACGCUGCAGAUGAAGGGAUCAAUUUGGAUAGGCAGAAGGUACCCAGUGGUUCUCAAUCUUGCGCAUGUCUAUCUCUUUCGUGAUGCUGCAGCAGCUUCUGACUGACUGGAGGAAAGUUUGUGUAAACACAGGCUCUAAUGUUAGGACGGCUGUAGCAUGCAUUGAAAACCUUAUCUUUGAGGCUGAUCAGUUUGUCUGAGCCAACCUGGAUCCAGAUGACUUGAAGUCAGUUGGCGUUUCUGCAUCACAUGCAAGAGUUGAUUUGGAGUCGAUAUGCACUCCACCUGCAGCGAAUGUUUUAUUUUAUUUUGUAAUUAUUUUUAGUCAUUGAGGAGUAAGCUGAGUGCUUUUAAGUUUUCUUCCCCUUAUCCACUUGCUCCGAGUCCACUUUAUUGAUGUUCGCGUAUCAGCAUAUAGCACCACAAUGAGUUCCUGUAAGUCGCCACACAACACGUUUGCUUUAGCUUGACGGUUUCUUCCUGUUUAUGACACAAAGUCGAGCAUAAAUGAAAAAUGUUAACAAGGACUUGUUCCCUUUUCAAAAAUGAAUUUCAUUGUGAAAUUUUACAGUACAAAAGAAUAACAUACAAAAUCUUAAAGGAUACGGGGACAGUAAAAUUUGACUCCUCAUUAUGCAUACAAGCUGACUCGAAGACUGGCUAAGAACCACUUGCGGGGUGUGGAUGUUCUCAUUUCAGCCACAGAGAUACUAACCUUUUCUUUCUGCCUAUGUUUGUAUGUGCAGCAUUUGAAAGUGGUAAUCCUUCUCUCCUGUGUAGUUUGUUUUUGAAAUGUUUUUGUUUUUUUCUCCUCUCUUGGUGUUGGACAAAGAUUGUGAACGCACAGGAGUCAUGUUGGACCCGGAUCAUGAUUUAAAGUGUGAAAACAAAAGACCUCCAUUGUUGAUGGCAGGGCCUAAUGUGAAUAGAAAUGGAAGGAGCUGAAAGACUCGUGGUAUGAAAGUGUUUAUUGUAAUGCUACAUUUGCUUUAAUCUCUUUUUUUCCCCACUACAUUGGAGAAGAUAAUGAACAUUUUCGUCAUUAAAGAUUACCUGAAUGAA